CUUGACACCGCCAACCUUUCUCGAGUUGUCGAACACCACGAAUCUGAUCUAUCACCCGCGACCUCCCCCUCCCUCGUCAUGUCCCUGUCGAUCGCGAUACGUCGCAAGCCCCUAUCCCCCACUCCCUGGGCUUCUCCCCAAAACAGCCUCUGCAGAAAUAUUCAUCAGGUCGCCCGUCCGCUGCGACCAUGGCCAUGAUUCCAAAUCUCGUCCGCCACCCAACGCUUCUGCAACUCAUCACCUGCAGCCGCCAUCACCGAUACGAUCGGUAUCGCAUCGUCUCCCACCAUGUCCUCCGAGCCCACGGAGGGGGAUUUCGACCAUCCCAACCAGCAGCUGCGACGAUCCGUCAUCAUCGCCUUGCCGUUUGCCUUCGCUCUCUCGACAAUCGCGGUGGUGCUGCGCCUGGUGGCGCGCCGAGUCCACGGCACGCGCCUGUACCUGGACGACUAUCUGAUUAUUGUUGCGCUGAUCUUUAAAUAUGGCUGUUCAAUCGGGGUCGUCAUCCUCCUCUGGAACGGUCUGGGAUCCCAUAUCACCAUGAUCCCGCAGAAGAACCUGGACGUCUACUUCCAGAUCGGCUGGUCCAACGGCUUCGUCUACCCGCUGUGCAUCGCCUUCAUCAAGCUCUCCAUCCUGGCCUCCUACAAACGCCUCUUCGCGGCCCGCAGCAUGUCCGUGGCCGUGACCCUGGUGGCCACCGCCGUGGUCCUCUGGGUCGUGGGCGUCAGCGUCGCGGGGGUGCUGUCCUGCGUCCCCGUGGCCAAGUUCUGGCACCGCGAGAUCCCCGGCCGCUGCAUCGAUCCGGCGACCUUCUACUACGGGCAGCAGAUCCCCAACAUCGUCACGGACGUGGUGUUGCUGGCCAUGCCGCUGAAGAGUGUCUGGGCGCUGCCGAUCGCCAAGACGCAGCGGGCGUUGCUGUCGGGGGUGUUUUUGGUGGGGGUGUUAACGUUGAUCUUCGAUAUCGUGCGCUUGGUCGCGAUGAUCCAUAUCACCGAGAUGGGACCGGAUAUCACUUACAAUCAAGCCCCCGUGGCGGUGUGGACGUGCACCGAAGCCGCGGUGGGGAUCAUCGCCGCCUGUCUCUCGCAUCUGCGGCCGCUGUUCCACCUCGGGCCCAGCAGGAGGCUGUGGCGCCAGCCCAGUCCAGAGAUGCGCAAGCGCGAGCUGAACCCCCCGCCGGAGGAGGGGUUUUCGACCGAUGAUACUCUGUUUGAUCCGUGGGGGACGCAGCAUAGUGGGUUUACAGGGCAUAGUGUUUGUGUGGAGUCGGGAAAGUAGCCUGCCCUUAGGGAGGGAGU